UGGGGAGCGCCGGGUUAGUUGCUAGCUGAAAGUGCCUCCGUUUGACCACACAUCGUACUCCUUUCGCGAUUAUACCUUUGCAUCGGAACAUGGCGAAUAUCGCUCGUAUUCUCGUUUCCGGCGCCGGCCGCCAGUCGAAUUUUCUUCGGUUUUACUGCAGCGCUCCCAAAUCGUACGAGUUUAUCAAAGCCGAGCUGACGGGAGAGAAGAAAAACGUGGCCCUUAUCACGCUGAACCGGCCGAAGGCGCUGAAUGCGCUGUGCAACGGGCUGGUGGCCGAAAUCAGCGACGCACUCGAUCGGUACGAGGCGGACGAUUCGAUCGGAGCGAUCGUCAUCACGGGCAGCGAGAAGGCGUUCGCGGCCGGUGCCGACAUCAAAGAGAUGCAACCGAACACGUACGCCAAGUGCAUCAACACCGACUUCCUGGCCAACUGGACGCGGGUGGCCAAGGCACAGAAACCCGUCAUAGCCGCGGUCAACGGGUACGCCUUGGGGGGCGGCUGUGAGCUGGCGAUGAUGUGCGACAUUAUCUACGCCGGCGACAAGGCCAAGUUCGGGCAGCCGGAAAUAGCGCUCGGCACGAUUCCCGGAGCCGGCGGUUCCCAGCGGACGGCGCGAGCGAUGGGCAAAUCGAAGGCUAUGGAAAUGUGCCUAACCGGCAACAUGAUCACGGCCGAAGAAGCGGAACGGUCGGGUCUGGUCAGCAAGGUGUUCCCGGCGGACAAGCUGGUCGGUGAGGCUGUGAAGCUGGGCGAGAAAAUCUCCUCCUUCUCGCCGCUGAUCGUUCGUCUGUGCAAGGAAGCGGUCAACACGGCGUACGAGUCAUCGCUCAGCGAAGGACUCAAGUUCGAGCGCCGUCACUUCCACGCCACCUUCUCGACCAAGGACCGGCUCGAGGGGAUGACGGCGUUUGUUGAGAAGCGCGCACCGAACUUCAAGAACGAGUAAACGCUCCCGGGGAGCACUCGUGACCGAUACCAGUUGCAUUUAUUACGUGGGCCAAGGAAACGGUGGACGGGGGAAACGGUUCAAAGAACCAUCGCCCUGCGUUUUGCCAUACCCACUUCGAGGCAGGAUUCCAUAUUUUGCGAAGAAAUAAAAUUAUU